AUGGAUGACCCAUUGCCAGCAGGUCUACCUUCAUCUAUAUCAGCCCCCUCACUACUAUCGAUUCAAAAGUCAGACCAACCAUUCAAGUCAACACCAACUAAUAGUGGUCGAGAGUCAGCACAUGUAAAGCAUAGAAGUGGUGGUAGUGGCAGUGGUAGUGGCAGUGGUAGUGCAGGCAAGGCAAGGAAGAACAUAUAUAAUAACAGCAGCGGUAGCAGCAGUAAUAACAAUAGCAGCAGUAAUAGCAAUAGCAAGCAUAAUAAUAAUAACAAGUCAGAUUAUAAGCAGUCUGGCUCAUCAUCAUCAUCAUCAUCUUGUAUUUAUAGUAACACUCAACAACAACAACAACAACAACCGAGAUAUAAUGUCAGUGGCAGUAAUAGUAGCAGGCAUCAUUCAUCUCGUAGGAAUAAUAGAUCAAGUGUUGACAGCAUAACUACUCUCUUGGAUAAGUCGAUAUCGAUAUCAUCGGCAGAGACAGUACAACAGCAGCAACAACAACAACAACAACAACAACAACAAUCAUCAGCAUCAGCAACACCUGAACCACAACCACAACAAUCGCAAUCACAACAAACAACUACAACAACAUCAUCGUCAACAACAACACCAACUAUCAAUGAUGAACAAGCUGGUGGAUCAACAUCGUCAUCAACUUCAAUGGCGGCCGCAUCAUCUAGUGUGGCCGACGUUGCAAAGAAACAAACAUCGACUAUUGACUUUAAUCCAAUUGUAAUGGAUGAAGAGUCGCUCAACUCUUAUGUUCCCCUGCUCCAAACCAUUGCCUCGCAGAUUGAGGAGCGUCUGGAACCGGUCGAGUCGAUCGUCCUGGACGACACGGCCGACGCCUACGCAAUCUUUGAUGCCGAUCAGCUGCCCACGAUCUCAGUGUUCCAAUACCUGCGUCGCAUCCUCAAGUACACGACGUUCAAAGAAGAGAUAUUCAUCAUGUCUGUGAUCUAUCUCGACAGACUGAAGCGGUUGGUGCCGCCAUUGCAACUGCACAUUCUCAACAUCCAUCGUCUCAUUCUCACCAGUGCUCUCCUUUCCUCCAAGUACCAGAAUGAAAAGGUGCUGAGCAACGGAUACUACGCCCAGGUUGGCGGCAUUACCCAUGAUGAGAUGAAUGCACUGGAGCUCACACUUCUCGAUCUCUUCCAAUACAACCUCUUCAUUUCCAAAGAGGAGUACGACAGUUACCUAAACUCUGUUCAGCCAGCACUGGAUCACCUGUCUCAGAGGCAGGCUAUGGCCAUUGCCAAUGCACAACAACAACAACAGACGACAACCACAUCCACCACUACUUCACCUUCACCAUCACCAUCGCCACCUUCAUCAUCAGGUGGAAAUGGGGGAUGCCAGGAGUCAUCGCCAAUGCCAUCACCUCCUCAUCCCAAUCCAAACAAUGCAUCAUCGACUACACCUCCACAAUCAUCCAAGACACAUAGCAACAAUGAUAGGGCUUUCCGACAAAAGUCCUACAGUAACAACAACAACAGCUUUGCCCAGACAAUCCAUCGAGCAAGGCCACUUCACAAUGCCAACUAUAACACUUAUCCACAACCUCAACAUAUAAACAACCAUCACCAUCAACAACAACAACAUCCAAACAUAUAUUAUAACAAUAACAACAACUAUAUAGACAAUAACAACAACAACAAUUAUAACAAUAUUGUAUAUCAGCAACAACAACAAUACUAUCCAAUGUACCAUCAACGAUCAUCAGAAAUGUACCAUCCGCACGGCCAGCCUGUAACCGGACAUGGUGGCGCUGCAGGAUGGGUGUACUAUCCAAACGCUCCGUACCCUGCGUACGACCCAUCGUCCAGAUACUAG